AUGAAGUACUCUUUCGUCGCCUCGCUGCUCGCACAGAGCACUGCCGUGUUUGCAGAUCUCCAUCUCCUGCCUGUCCACUUCACGGCCCCGUCAAUUGCCCAUUUCCAAGAUAUCGUUCGCAAUGAGACCUAUGACUUCGGUUGCCGACCAGCUGCUGUUCCGACCGAAGACGGGUUCAAGCUUCAUGCCUUCCUCACCGAAGAGCAGAUCGCCGAUUUCACCAGAGAGUACGGAUCCACGGAGCUCUCCCUGCACAGAAGUCUAGCCAAGAGACAGUCAGGUGCUGCCCCCUUCGGAACGGGAGAUCGAUUCCAGGGCGGCAGCGUCGAUCCUCUCGGCCUCGGAACGAAAGCGGCAGGCGCACGAAUCGACACCCUUCUGAAUGUCGGCGAGAUUAGCACCGCCGUGCAGGGCCUUGUCAAGAAUCAUGGUGUCUCCACACUGGAUCUUCCACACAAGACGUUCGAAGCCGGUUCUCACGCGCGCGAGCGUGGCGGCCCUGACCAGCUGAUCUACUGGGUAUCUGAUCUUCUCGCGGCGAACAAAACCGGGAGUGGUCUUACAUACGGCAAGAAAUCAUACACGAACGCCCAAGUAAGAUCCGUUCUUAAUGCCGGGAUCGUGUUCUUUCCUCUAGUAAAUCCCGAUGGUGUCGCCUACGACCAGGCAACCGGAUCCCUCUGGCGCAAGAACCGAAACACCAAGUCCGGCACCGGCAGCGCCGCCGGCGGUCGACAUCAACCGCAACCUAUGACUUCCUCUGGGACUUCCAGAAGUACUUCGGCCCGUCCGUCAGCCCGGCGUCUACCCCGCCCAGCGCGCAGACGCUCCGCGGGGACCGCGCCCGAGUCUGAGGCGGAGGCCAAGAACCUGGGUUCCAUUUAUGAGGAGUUCCCGAACAUCCGCUGGGCCCCGAGCACGGGCGCGAGCCUGAAUUUCCUCAGCCCCGCCUGGGAUCGCGAGCGCGGCGUCCUCGGUGAUUCCUACAAGGAGUACACCCCGUCGGCGGACGACAACAAUUUGCGAGCCGUGGCUGCCAAGUCUGUGGCGGCGAUGAGCGCCGUCGGCGGGCGCUCCUGCUCAUCCGGGCCGGGUGUGGGGUUGUAUCCUGCUUCUGGGGGUGUUGCCGACUACACGUUCAGUAGAUACUGGGGAGUCGAGGGGGCCAACAAGGUGUACAGCUUCACUCUGGAGUUUGGGUACCCGGCGAAUUUCUAUAUUACGUUGCAGGAGUUUAACGAGAAUAUCCUUGACACCAAUGCGGGAUUCACAGAUUGGGCUUUAUCUGCUAUUGAGGAUGGGCUGGCCGCUGGCAUGAAUGCAGUGGCAAGAUAG